UGAGGGCAAUGGCACUGCAGUUUGAAGCCUUCUGUGCAGGGGGUCUGGCCCCUGGCUGGAGCCUGACUGUACAGGGACAUGCAGAUGCUGGAGAAGACAAGUUCGAGAUCAACUUCUUAACAGACACGGGAGACAUCGCCUUUCACGUCAAACCUCGAUUCUCCAGCGCCACGGUGGUGGGCAAUGCCUUCCAGGGAGGACGGUGGGGGCAGGAGGAGGUGUCCAGCGUAUUCCCGCUGACUCUGGGAGAGCCCUUUGAGAUGGAGGUGAGUGCAGAUGCAGAACACUUCCACAUUUACGCCCAGGAACAAAAGGUGCUCCAGUUCCCACAUCGGCACCGACCGCUGGCCACCAUCACCAGAGUGCGAGUGCUCAGUGAACAUCGGCUGGCCCAGGUGGAACUGGCCAAGCGGAGCCUGAGCUGGGGAGAUGGGGGUUACUGAGCGGACUGGACCACACAGGCUACAAGAGCCAGCCUUGGCCAUCCUGCAUCCCCUGUCACCUGGAGCCACGUGACACACGACACACAUUGUAGAUGCUGGGAAGCUGAGGCUCUGUGUGAACCCCGAGCUUUACCUUCAAUAAAAUAUGAGCAGG